AUGCUUGGAGAAGCCUUUCUAAUUGAAUUUCUAUUCAAAGAACAGAAAUAUACAAAAAUUUAUAAAGAGCUUACAUGUAAGAAGAUUUCAGAUGAUGAAAAGGAUAAUUGGAAAAAUCAACUUUUUAUUACUGAAGACAUUUUAGACACUAAAGACAAUUCAAUUCUCCCUGACAAAAUGGGAAAACAAGAUAAGUUUGUGAAAGAAAUCUUAAUCAAACAAAGUAAUGAUACCAAUAAAAUAAAAGCUCUGGAUGAAAUGACCUUAUCAAAAUGUAAAAGUGAAUCCCUUCCAGAAAAUGUGUCUGUUGCAUUACCCAUUCCAAAGAGAGAACAAUAUGAUGGAAAACAACUGGACUUAUACAGAUCUUGGUCAUGUACAAGUAUUUGCCAGAAUUAUCCUGAUUUACAUAUUGGAGGAGACUAUGUAGGUAACAUGCGUGAUUUGGAUUGUUUUGUAGAACAUAUACAGGAUGACACUUUGUCUAUUUUACUUUCAAUAGAUAUACCAUGGUGUAAUACUCCUACAAUUGAAUCUCUGGAGAAAUUAAUUGCCUCAAAGAAUAUAAUUGGGGAUGAAAUUAGAGAAAAGAGUAUGUUGUUUUAUAAUCAGCCCUUCUCCAACUCUCUGCUUAACAGUUAUGUAAGGGAAAAAGUGGAUGAACUCUACAAACAAGUUUUGGAAGAAAACCUCAUCAGGUGUAGUUCUAUAACCAACAUUAUGGCUUCAAAUUGGCUAAUGAAUAAUGUAAAUCAGAUCUGCCUUCAAAGCUUUCAAGAGCAAAACGUAGAGACAUACAUAGUUGAUGAAGAUUUCCCAUAUUCUUUAUCAGUAUGUUCUUUCCAAAACUUUCCCCAUGGAAUUAGUUCGAAAUUCAGUACUCCUAACUUACAAAUAUCAAACCAGAAAAGCAGGGAACAUGUAUCAUAUCUACAAACCAUGGGUGAACUGAUUUGA